AUGACGCUCUCCGGUGCAUGCACUGCGUUAUCAUCCAUAUCAAUCUUUAUCCUCAUGGCGAGGCAUGCAACCCACUACAGCAAACCCAAUGAACAGAGCAAAAUCUUGAGAAUCUGCUCGCUGAUCCCUAUAUACUCCAUCCUCUCCCUCGUCACGAUUGCUGCGCCAAACUCAUUCGUUUACUUGACACCGUGGCUCGAAUUCUUCGAAGCAUGGGCGCUAGGAAGCUUCUUCCUUCUUCUUUGCGAGUUCGUCUCGCCAAGUACCCAAUUUCGAGAUGUUUUCUUCGCCGCUUUGGAGGUGCCGCAGAGGCGUAGAGGCAAAGUCCAGCCACAGGAUGGACUAGAAUGGUUCAGGAAAAAGUGGUUCGCCGUAUUCCAAUAUGUCAUAGUCGCCAUUCUUAUCGCCAUCAUUACAGCUAUCACUCAGGCUGCAAAUGUGUACUGCCUUACCAGCAACAAGAUCCACUUUGCACAUAUCUGGUGUUCCAUCGUGGUCAAUAUUUCCUUGGUCAUGGCGGUCCUUGCCGUCAUUCAAUUUUACAACGCUCUUAAAAGGGACCUGAAGCACCACAAGCCAUUGGCCAAGUUCCUUGCCUUCAAGUUGAUUAUUUUAAUCACUUUCUUGCAAAAGAUCGUCUUCUUGAUCCUCCAUUCAACAAACUUACUCAAGGAGUCCUCCAAACUCACUUACGCGGAUGUCAACAUGGGUAUUGAGACAAUGCUUGUUUGCGUGGAGAUGGUCCCAUUCUCGAUAUUCUUUCACUACGCGUACGACGUGGCAGCGUACGACCUGACGAAAUGUCGACCACUGCCCCUGUCUGACAUCGCAUCUGGCGCCAGCAGCAGGUCCAGCGUUGAGGAGGGCAACGCAGGCUACGAACUCCAAUCUCGCCUUGUACAGCCGAUAAAACAGUCCAAUCAAAGGGAGCAAUCACGCUUUGGCAACCGCAGCGGUGCAUACUACGGUGGUCCUCUAGGCAUCAAGGCCUGGGCGGGUCUCGUGGAUCCUAGGGAAAUCAUUCACGCCAUCCAGUUCUCCUUCGUCAUGCGCAGCGAGGCGAGCAAGAUGAAUCGCGAUGUCGUGGCUAUGGGUCUUCCACCUCCUUCCUACUACGCUGGACGACGAUAA